AUGUCGAAUGGAAAAGCUGUUGGAAUCGAUUUGGGUUCGACGUAUUCUUGCGUUGGAGUUUGGAAAAACGAUCGAAUUGAAAUUAUUACUAAUGAUCAGGGUCAUCGUACGACGCCUUCGUAUGUCGCUUUCACCGAAUCAGAACGUCUUAUCGGUGAUGCCGCAAAAAAUCAAGUUAAUAUGAACCCUUAUAAUACUGUAUUUAAUGUUAAACGUCUCAUUGGUCGUAAUUUUAGCGACGAAGUUAUUCAAUCCGAUAUUAAGCAUUGGCCAUUUAAAAUCAUCGAAAAGAAUGGAAAGCCUCAUAUACAAGUCAGUUUCAAAGGCGAAAAGAAAGAUUUCACACCCGAAGAAAUUUCUUCUAUGAUCUUGGUAAAGUUAAAGGAAACUGCAGAAGCUUACCUUGGUACAAAAGUUAAUAAUGCCGUAAUUACUUCACCAGCUUACUUUAAUGACUCUCAACGUCAAGCAAUAAAAGAUGCCGGUGAAAUCGCUGGUUUGAAUGUUUUACGCAUAAUUAAUGAAGCAACCGCGGCGUCUAUUGCUUAUGGUUUGAAUACAAGAGCUUGUGGUGAACGAAACGUUCUAAUCUAUGAUUUGGGUGGUGGUUCUUUUGAUGUUUCACUCCUAACUAUAGAAGAAGGAAUUUUUGAAGUAAAAGCAGUUGCUGGUGACACACAUCUUGGUGGUGAAGAUUUCGACAAUCGACUUGUAAAUCAUUUCGUACAAGAAUUCAAUCGAAAAUUUAAGAAAGAUCUUACAACCAAUGCACGUGCUUUCCGUCGAUUAAGGACAGCUUGUGAACGUUCAAAGCGUGAACUUUCAUCAUCAUUAAAAGCUUCCAUAGAAAUAGAUUCCCUUUACGAGGGUAUCGAUUUUUAUACCUCCUUAACACGUGCAAAAUUUGAAGAAUUGAAUCAAGACUUGUUUCAAUCUACAAUGGAACAUGUUGAAAAAGUACUACGAGAUUCUAAAAUAGACAAAAGUCAAAUUCAUGAAAUUGUUCUAGUUGGUGGUUCAACACGUAUUCCUAAAAUUCAAAAGAUGGUAUCCGAGUUCUUCAAUGGUAAAGAACCAAACAAAUCUGUUAAUCCUGAUGAAGCCAUGGCCUAUGGUGCCGCCAUUCAGGCUGCUAUUUUAACUGGUGAUGCUUCUGAAAAGACUCAAGAUUUACUUUUACUCGAUGUCGCUGCUUUAUCUCUGGGUAUUGAAACUACCGGCGGUGUCAUGACACCGCUUAUUAAACGUAAUACUACAGUACCUACUAAGAAAUCCGAAAUUAUUUCAACAGAUUUUGAAAAUCAAACGGAAAUGCUUAUUCGAAUUUAUGAAGGUGAACGUGCCCGUUCUAAGGAUAACAAUUUGCUUGGAGAAUUCAAAUUGUCUGAAAUUCAUCCAGCACCAAAGGGUGUUCCACAAAUCGAAGUAUCCGCUGUUGAUAAAACAACUGGAAUAUCGAAUAAAAUGACCAUCACGAAUGAUAAAGGUCGAUUGUCAAAGGAAGAAAUCGAACUUGCUGAAGCCGAGAAAUAUCGUGAAGACGAUGAGAAAAUUGCACAAAAUAUACAGGCACGAAAUAGUUUGGAAAGUUAUGCAUAUAACUUACGUAAUAUACUUCACAGCGAACAAGUUGUUGGUAAUCUUGACCUAGCAAGCAAGAUGAAACUUGAAGAUGCAAUUCAACAAUCGAUUACAUGGCUUGAAAAUAACCAAGAAGCAAUGAGGGGGGAAUAUGAUUAUAAACAAAGGUCACUCAAAAAGAUAGCUGACUCAAUAAUAAUGAAAUUUUGUGGCACAGGCGCCAGUUUUGGUCCAGGUGGCUUUCCGGUGUAA